AUGGGGUCUGUGUGGUUCGGCGACGCGGCGAAGCUCUUGGCCCAGGAGUCGCGGCUCAACACGGAACAGUUUAGCGUGUGCGACAAGACGGACCUCUCGGGGAUACUGCAGGAUUACGAGGACUGGUACGUCAACAAGUUCCAGAAGUACCCGCGGUUGGCCCGACGCGUGGUGGUACCCAGGCCGCCCCCGAAGCCCCACCGAUGUGACCUACAUGGCCACGGUGACGAAAACAGCCAGGGCAGCGAUACGCCAACGGGGAAAAAGAGUCCCUUCUUCAGCAGGCGGAGGUCCCUGCCACGGAGCGGGGGUUCGGGGGGUAGCAUCGGCCGGGCAGCCAGCGACCCCAGCCUGAGCGAGGACUUGGUGGAGGUCAGGGGUCACGGGCGCUCCAGGAACUCCGUCAGGAACAGAACCAUUGACAACAAAAAGAGAGAGGAACUGAACAGGGGGCCUCCGGUGAUGGGUGGGCGUCGCACCUCCAGCAGCGGGCCCGCCAGGAGUCCAGGUGACGAAAAGAAGGAUCCCUCGAAGUCCUCCUCAGACACGGACAGCGGCGGUGGCGGCGGGAACGCUUCGGCCAGUGCGGACACAAAGGAACACAAAGGAAGAACAAACAACAGCAGACCUGCUGGUCCUUACGAGGUUGUUUGUGACAAGCUACACUAACUAUCUAAUCAAAGGUGGAAGAUGAAGGACAGCAAAGGCGAAGGCUCCUCCCCACCCCCCCAUCCCUCCAGCCAAAGCUGGCAGGAAAGGAAAAAGAACCAUGCAGCAUGGAAAAACUGCAUGGAAUUUAUGUAGGAAAGAGGAAAGAACUACCAUUACUGCUACCACUAACCGGGCGAUAAAAGCGGACAAGGACACCAGUAUUCGAAAGAACUUAACGUUAUUACGACAAUGAGUAAUAUCUUAGUUGCUGGUUGGAUUCAAAACACUUGUCUAAUCUAUUCUUGAAAGCCGUAACUGUUGUACUAUCAACGACAUCACAAGGUAGAGAGUUCCAAACAUUAACAACUCGAUUGAAGAAGAAGUGUUUAGCUUCGUGCGACGAGAAUCUUUUACCACUUAUCUUCAAAUUGUGAUUUCUUCUUGUUCUAUUUGAUCGAUCAAUUGUAAAGUAAUCUUCCGCAUUAAUAUCACAG